UCAUGAUACCAGCAAACGUAACUGAUCCAAAGUACGAUUUUUAUUUGAUGAUAAUCGAUGACAAGGCAUACUGGCUGAGUUUAGCUGUGGUGGGAUUCAUUUUAGCAACAGUUAUUAUCGUAGGAAACUCCAUUCUACUCUUCACGACUUACAAGGAUCCUCGUAGAUCACUGCGUACACCGCCAUCUUUCCUGAUUACGAAUCUGAGCGCAUCAGAUUUACUGCUGGGACUAUUCAAUGUUUUUCUUGUGGCUUUGAGAGAUGUCUAUCGAUCACGACUUGAACAUAUGCCUUAUGUUUUCGUGUUUAAGACAAUCAUGUACACCGUGCUAUCUACAACCCUAUCUGUGAGCAGCUAUUCCAUAAUAGCCAUGUCAUUAACUUGUUACGUCGCCAUCAACAAGCCCAUGGAUUACAAAUCCAUCGUCACCAAGAGAAGAAUCAAGAUUUUUAUUGCAGUGUUGUGGAUGGUAUCUUUAGCGACGUGUGUUCUCCCUAUAACGAAUAUAUCCGAGAAGACAUACACGCUAAUUUAUCUCCACACUCACGCUUCGCUACCUGUCAUCUUGUUGACAGUUAUCUACGCAAAUGUGUUCCGUGCUCUCGCGAGACGAACUCGAGAGCUUCAGCUAGGAGGGUGUGACUCGAUUUCAAGUAUUUCGUUGCGAAAAAAUCGAAAUAUGGCUGUUACAAUUAUCAUUAUUCUUUCGCUGUUCUAUUUCUCUUAUAUACCUCAAUACAUCACUCUACAUCUACUGUACUUUUGCAAACCCUGCCAACAUUCAUUAACUUUCCACAAGAUUGACGUUGCAUUGUCCCGGUUUUUGUUCAUAAAUUCAGCGGUGAAUCCAUUUGUCUACGCCUGGAGAUUGCCAAAGUAUCGAAAAAGGUUUAAUGACUGUUGGCAGUUCAUCCGAGGCAAGUUGAGAAUUCCUUGCAAGGGACUUUUGAACCCAAGGACACAGUCGAGCCAAACGAAAAGUGCUUGGGUGUGUCAAAGAAGAUUAUGGCGAAAUAGACGAGUUGAUAUUUCAUGUACUUGCGAUAUUUCCAGUAUUGAACUGAAAAAGAUUAAAGUGACAAUCGUGUAGGAAACUAAACAUUUUUAAAGCCUUAUUGCACUCAUGUUUGCAGAAUGAAUAUCAUUAGUGGUAAAUACCGUGAAUAUAGACCUAGGCAGCGUCCACACUAAGCCAGAAAAAUUUUAAAUACAGUUUU